GCGGAUGUGACGAGCGCCGCGUCUCUUCCGUGGACUCCUCACUCCAAGCCGGGCCCUGCCGGUGCGGUGAUGGUUUUAUGACGCUGAAAGAAGAGUCAAAAUGGCCGAUGUAAGAUGGCAGCCAAGGCCCGCCCCUCUCCGCCGCCGAGCCACCCGCCACGCUGGAGGCUGGCGUCGCUGUGCCUCCCCCUCUCGCUGUUGUGCUUCGGCUGCGCGCUGCUCGUCGGCAUCGCUUCCCUGCGGGGACAGGGACCGCAACACGCCGCUAGCCUGCCGGCGGGCGGGCGGCUCCUCUUAGCCGCCCGAUUGCGCCUUCCGUCGGCGGACGACGAGCGGGACGUGGCGCCCGAACCGAGCGGCCCGGAGGUCGAGGGUCGGCGUUCGGGUCUGCCGUCUCACGGGGAGUUCGGAUCGGACUCGCGGUCUUCCGCCGGACGCCACGAGGUGCAGUGGCACGUUCGCGAGAAGGAGACACGCGCCCGCUUCGACCGCCUCGCCCGAGACGUGGCCGCGUCACUUGGGUUGGAGAACCACGGGCAGAUCGGAGAGUUGACGGGCACUUACCUCUACUCACACCCGCACACAGGCUUAAGCGGAAAUGCGCGGAAGACGACCCACGAUGCCUUGCGACAGCACCGAGCUGUGUUGUGGUCUGUGGAGCAAAAAGGAUUACGUCGAGUGAAACGCAGCCUCCCGUUUAACGACCCAAAAUUCCCCAAACAGUGGCACCUGAGAAACACGCACACCCCCGGAAUGGAUUUGAACGUGACAGGGGUGUGGGAGAGAGGGGUGACGGGGAAGGGGGUGGUGGUGGCGGUGGUGGACGAUGGGGUGGAGCACACCCUUCCGGACCUUCAGAGCAACUAUUGUGCUGAGGGCAGCUACGACCUCACCGACGGAGACCAGGACCCACGGCCGGGCACCGGCGACCAAGAGAGCCGGCACGGCACGCGCUGUGCCGGUGAGAUCGCCGCUGUCGCCAACAACUCGCUGUGCGGCGUCGGUGCGGCCUACGGCUCCCGGGUGGCCGGGAUCAGAUUGUUGGAUGGGCCCCUGACUGAUCACAUGGAGGCCACUGCAUUCAACACACACUACCAGCUCAACCACAUCUACAGCUGCAGUUGGGGUCCCGAUGAUGACGGAAAGACGGUGGAUGGACCUCACGUGCUCGGCCAGAGCGCCUUGCAGCGGGGAGUCGUGGGCGGCCGCCGUGGGUUUGGGACCAUAUUUGUGGUCGCCAGUGGCAACGGAGGUCGAUACCAGGACAACUGUAACUACGACGGCUACGCCAACUCCAUAUACACAAUCACUAUCGGGGCGGUGGACGAGAAUGGAGGGAUGCCUUUCUAUGCCGAGGAGUGCGCCGCCAUGAUGGGUGUGACUUUCAGCAGCGGCGAUGUCAGGCAGCGCAGCAUCGUCACUUGCGACAUCACUGGAGGCCAGGGGUCGGGGUGCACUGAGGGUCACACAGGCACGUCUGCAGCCGCCCCCCUGGCGGCCGCCAUCUUAGCACUUGCACUACAGGCCAGGCCGUGCCUCACGUGGAGAGAUGCCCAGCACCUGAUCGUUUACACCUCCGUCAUGGUUGAUGAAUAUUUAUCGGAGUGGGAUGAAAAUCUAGCUGGGUUUCACCACAGUCACAAGUACGGCUUUGGAGUUCUCAAUGCGUGGCGUCUCGUCAACGCCGCCAAGGUGUGGGAGACGGUGCCAUACCUGCGCUCAUUCACUUCCGAGCUACAGACGGAGAACAAGGCCAUCCCUCCUUUCCCUGCCGUGCUCUCAUCCAGUCUGCAUGUGAGCAAUCUGUCGGUGGGGGACCUGGUGACGCUGGAGCAUGUGGCCCUGCACGUGGUCAUUAGCCACGAGUUCCGCGGAAACCUCCUCAUCGAGCUCGCGUGUCCCAGCGGCACCACGUCCACUAUGGCCACGCGCCGGACCCUCGACCGAAACAAGGAUUAUGACUGGACAUUUUCUACUCUGCGCUGUUGGGGAGAGGAAGCUAGCGGAACGUACACACUUAAAAUACAGGAUGUUGAUGGGCUGGUGGUGCAUGGAAUGCUGAAUUCAUGGCAGCUCACUCUGUAUGGGAACUCCUGGACUCCACAACACAUAGAGCAGCGGAAGAGGGUGGUGGCGCGAGCUAUGAGCGGCGAGUUUCUCAACGACUCUUUCUCGCUGCCCUGUGACCCGGGUAUUGAGCAGCCAGACAGUGCGCCUCAAUUUCUGGACCCCAACACUCUGAAGAUCCUCGCACUGCUCGGCUGCUCGGCCUCAUUCUGGGCCAUGUACUACCUCCUGGAAGUGGUCGUCUGCUACGACCCGCAAGGGGACGCCCGCUCGGACGCCGAGUCUGGCUCGUCGACACGCUGCACCUUCGCCGCCGUCCGCCAGUUCCUCCUCCUCCGGUGUUCUCGCGCUCGCAGCGAAAACCACCGAGACCGCCAUGACCAAUCGGAAGAGCUCAUCCCGUUGCAGCUGUCCCCGCAGAGCAAUGGCGACCGUAGCCUUGAUGCCGCUGCAGACGACGGUGACGUUAAUAGCAGCGGCCGGCGUGAUGGGGGAGAGCCGGAUUAUUCCCAUUUCCUGGAUCAGGUUCCGUCGGAUGAGCGCGGGGAACAAAUGCCAUCCGACGGGACCUCCGACGCGUCGCCGGCGCCCGCGGUUCUGAACCUGCUGGGCUUGGAGGUCGAGCCGUCGGAGAGUUGCGCGCAGCUUGUGGCCAGUCCCCGGAGUAGCAGACGCAACUCGCAGGGCUACACCUCAGUGGCUCUGGAGCCACCGAAUCCCUGAUGCUGUGCACCAGAUGUUUCGAGUGGGCAUCAUAAAAUCCAGCUAGGUGGUUCGGAAACGGAGCGAGUGGCUCGCAAUUGGAAGGUUGCAGGUUAAAUUCCUGGUUGGAAGUUGACUCAGCCCAUCCCUUGGGGGGGGUGGUCAAUGAAAUGGGUACCGCUUUGUAUAAAAGUCAACAGUGGUUGUCCUAUGGAUAGUCUCACCCUUAUAGGAAUGAGGAAGUUUCUCCACUGACUCAGGGUUUAUAAACAGGAGAUUAACACCACCUCAGUGCUCAUUUGAGCAGGAAAUCACUUUUGACUUCAUAAAAUUGCAGAGCUUUAUUGGGAUAUAUUAUGGAUAUUUGUAGAUAACCUAAUGGCCUUAGGGUUUGUAGAUGGAGGGAUCUGAUCGGGGUACCUUUAAACGGGAGAGCUGGAGCUCGCCCUGGAUUAUAUUUUUAUUCGCGGUGUGAUGAUGAUUAUUAUUACAUACGUCUUGUUGCACGGCACUUUGUGCGGGUGGCGGUUCGAAUGUGUCCCAGAGUUUUGCAUUCCAAUGACUUAAGUCGGCUGAUCUAUCUCACAAGUCUGUUGAAUGUGACUGAAUUAUUUAUGUUGCCAGUUCCACAGCCGGUUGCUUACAUUUAAGAGACAAACUCUGCGUGCAAACGUCGUUCUGGGCGGUGAUUUGUAGUGACCCAUUUCGUCACAUGACACAUUCGCUAGCUACGAUUGGUCGUUAGGACCCCGGUGCAGGUGGAGGUCACCAGGUAAGGGGGCCGGACUAUGCUGUAAGGGGCGUGGCCAAACCACAUCCUUGGUCGGCAAAUUCUUGCUCAGAUGUGGACAAAGCCUGUUGCGGGUGUCUUUUGUUGCGCGAUUUCAAGAGUAAUUCUGUGCGCAGCUGAGGAGAUGGCUUGGGCGUGGACGCGCGCCGCUUCAGGACGCUGCUCUGGGCCAGGAAGCCGCCCCGCAGUCUGCUGCUCUGCACUGCUUGCUUGUUGACACUUCCAGAAAAGGGUCUGCACACCGAUUAUACAACUUCUCUUCGUUUUAACGGUGUAAUCAUUUGUACUUUGAAAUCUUUUAUCUGUAAAGCACAAUGCACACAAAUAUAUUGAUAAUUAUUUUUCAAUUAAAAGAGAAAUCUACUUUAA